AUGUCCACCGAUGACAUUGAUGAGUACUUCAUAUACGAGAACCGCCUUGCGUCCUUCCAUGGCCCGCAACGUGUCGCGAAGCGAAGAGCAUCAACCGCGGCCACAUCCCGUGCCCCCAAGACGCUAUCAUGGCCGCACAAGUCUAUCAAACCUGCCGAUGUGAGUCUCUUCCCCCAUAUGGAUCCGAUCUUCACCUUCGAACGCGUCCUAAUGCGUGUCUACCGCUUGCAGAUGGCCAAGGCCGGCUUUUUCUUCCAACCCCUACCUAGUAACCCAGACAACGUCGUGUGUUUCCUGUGCAGCAAGGCCCUCGAUGGCUGGGAAGAGGAUGACAGCCCCCUUGAAGAGCACCUGAAACACUCCCCCGAAUGUGGCUGGGCUAUCACCGCGGCGGUAGAGGCCGAGCUGGGCGAGUACGCGCGAGAGGACCCCAGAGACGCGCUCAUGUCCGAGGCCCGGAAGGCCACCUUUGCAGGGCGGUGGCCCCACGAGAACAGGAAGGGCUGGAGCUGCAAGACCAAGCAGCUUGUUGAAGCCGGCUGGAAAUACACACCGACGGUGGAGUCAGACGACAAUGCCACUUGCACGUAUUGCCAUCUGGGACUUGACGGAUGGGAGAAGGGCGACAAGCCUUGGGAUGAACAUUACAGCCGGGCGCCAAACUGUCCCUUCUUUGGCUUGAUCAGCUCGAAGCCGGCGCCUAAGAAGACAGGACGGUCCAAAGCUGCCAGGAGCUCCAAGGCAUCCCGUCUUUCGCUACAAUCUGUUGCUACAGCCAUGUCUGAUCUGACAUCCGUCGCCGAUGUCACCGCAGAUGUCGAUGACAGCGUUCUUACGACGGCGUCUACUAUGACGACAGCUUCUAAGGGAUCCAAAAAGACGACGAAAGGAAAGAAGGCAACGACUGCAACGCGUGCCAGGAAAACCCGCACAAAGAAGGACGAAGCCGUUGAAGUACAGGAGGAUGGCCCCGAGCAGGAGGCGGCCCCAGCCCCUCCAUCCCCCGCGAAACCUGCAAGAGGCCGCAAGAGAUCCAGCGAGGAGGUGGAAGAUUCAAUGCUGACCACCGCCGAGGCACCUGCUCCCAAGAGACAAGCCACAAAGACGCGCAAGGCCCGCGGUAGCAACGCGACUGAGGCGUCCUCGGUCGACACGGACAUGGUCGAUGCUUCAGUGCCAUCCAAGAAGCCUGCAGCCAAGAAGACGAGGAAGGCAUCUGGUACGCGGAAGGCAUCCGGAACUCAACCUGCUCGGAGAUUAUCGACUGCUUCAACGGAUUCUGCUGCGCCAACAGGUGUACCAAAUGACGACGAGAUCGAUCGACAACUGCAGGCUGACCUGGAGCGACCACUUUCGGAUGAUGAAGACGUCCUGGCCGACCCGGACACAAAGAAGGCUGCUGCUUCUCGCAUGAAGCAGGAAGUCAAGGAAGUUUCCAACCAGGAUGAGCUUUUGACUCGCACUGCAACGGCUGAUUUCGCCAUGUUUGAUCCUGCACCGGCCCAGCCAACCGAUGCACAGAUUGAUGCAGAUUUGAAGACCUUAGAGGAUGAAAUGGAAGUUGACCAAAAGGACGAAUCAGAAGAAAUGAAAGUCCCCAAGAAAGGCCGCAAGGCUGGCACGCGAAAGGUGUCAAAACAAACUGCCGCUAAGAAAACCAAGGAGCCCGCCCAGCCAAUGCUCGCCGAGCCGCCACAACCACGAAUGGACGCAGAAGCAGAAGAGCCUGACGAGCUUGCAGAUGCCGACGUUAGCUUUGGGAGCAACGGCACUGUCGUCAGAAAGUCCUUGGGCAGGACGUCGCUGGGCAGGACCUCCCUCGGCAGUGUGACAAGCACCACGAGCACCAAGAGCACAGCGAAACGUGGCCGUCCAGCAAAGAAGUCGAAGCUGUCAGAGAUUGUGGGGAAUGAUGAGUCCACUCCAGUUCCUGCUGCUUUGGAAGCUGCCACGAUACCUGCUGCAAACUCCUUGGAUGUUGAGACAGCAGGCCCCGCCCCAGCCCCGGUUGAAGGCACGAAGAAGCGGAUAAGCACCGGCAAACGCGGCCGACCUCCCAAGAACCCGAAGGCCUCAGUUGCUGCACCUGAGAUACCAGCUUCUAUCCAAGCAGCGGACGAGGCUAAGCCACGAAAUGUUCAAACCGAGGUGCACAUUGAGUCGGCGACGAUACAAGAGAGCUUUUCUGCAGCAGUCGGCAGUCCUCGGGUAGCCCGGAAACCAGUCCCACCCCCCAAGGACUCGCCAUUUGCGAUACGCAAAGAUGAGCCUACUGGCUCGGAUUCUGCUUCCAGUCUCCUUGCCAUUCCUCCAAAAACGCCUCGCCACCAGGCUUCUCCUGCCCAGUCAGCCAAACAAGCCACCAUCUCGCCAUCUCCCUCCCCUCAAGCGUCAGAUGCAGAGAAUCGACCUCCUUCCUCGAAACCUAACACUGCCAGCAGCAAGACCAAUCGUAUGCCAGUUGUCACUUUUCCCGUCAUAGGCACGCCUACGCGUCAAAUGUCACCUUCUAAACAGCUCUCGCCUUCAAAACAAAACGUUAUCGGCAGUCUGCAGAGCGUAGAGCCCUGGACGGCAAUUGAUCUGGAUUCCAUCUUUGAGGAUUACCACAAUGAUCAGCAGGAUGUGGAUGGCGCAGCGGACCGCUUUUUUUCCAAAGGCGGCGAGCUUUCGGAGCAAGAGCGCAACAUGACUGUAGAGGAGUGGAUUUACUACAACGCGAGCCAAGCUGAGCAGAAACUCAAGCUCGAGUGUGAAACCAUGGUGAUGGCGUUUGAGAAAGAGGGGACAAGGGCCAUGAAGGUCCUUGAGGGCUUGGUCGUCGCUGAAUAA